AUGCCUCACAGCGACCAGCCAACCCGAACAUGGAGUUCGAUGAUCUACGAUCACGAAAUCGAUGAGCUGAGGCAUAUGGAAGUGAUAUGCGUGGGAGCGGGCAUCUCAGGCAUCCUCACUGGAAUCAGACUGCCUCAGCAGAUUCAGAAUUUGGAACUCACGAUCUAUGAAAAAAAUCCAGAAGUGGGAGGCACCUGGUACGAAAACACUUAUCCUGGCGUUCGAUGCGAUAUCCCCAGUCCCGGAUAUCAGCUUACCUUUGAGAGCAACUCUCAAUGGAGCGAAUUUUACGCAAGCGGUGCCGAAAUCCAAAACUACAUGGUCAAUCUGGCCAAAAGAUACGACGUAUACCGUUUCUGUAAGUUCCGGCGUGUAGUUACUGCUGCCAAAUGGCUUGAUGGCAUUGGAAAGUGGGAAGUUACGUGCCAAAAUCUCGAGACUGGAGAGUCUGAGACAGAUCGCUGUGAUGUCCUCAUGAUGGGGACGGGUCUCCUGAACAAGUGGGAUUGGCCCCAAAUACCCGGGCUUGAUACAUUCAAAGGACCUAAAGUUCAUUCGGCACGAUGGGAUCAGUCCAUCGAGCUCGAGGACCGCGACGUGGCUCUGAUUGGCGCCGGUUCCACGGGAAUACAGAUUCUUCCUGCCAUACAACCAAUCGCGAAAAGGGUUGAUCACUAUAUGAAGGGGAAAAACUGGAUUUCUCCCGUGGGAAUUGGUGGGGAUGAACUAGAUCGACGAAAUGCUACAGAGGGCAAUUUUAAACACGCUCCGGAAGAGCUCGACCGAUUCAAGGACCCAAAAGAAUAUCUCAAGUUCAGACAUCGGAUCGAAAAUGAUAUAAUGAAAGCUCCUUUAGCGGCAUUUUACGGCACGGAAGAACAGAAACAGUUCCAUGUGAUGAGCAAAAGGUUCAUGGAAGAAAAGCUAGCCAAUCGGGCCGACAUACUCAAUGCUCUGAUGCCAGACUGGACCCCCGGAUGCAGAAGACUUACACCCGGGCCGGGCUACUUGGAGGCAUGUUGUCAGCCUAACGUCGACUAUGUCUCUACGCCCAUUAAGCGGAUUCACGAAGACAGUAUUGAAACCGUGGACGGACAGAUCAGAAAGGUCGAUGUUAUCAUAUGUGCAACAGGAUUCGACGUAUCACACCAGACAGGACCCAAAAUUACAGGGCAAAGAGGGCAAGACCUUCACAAGCUCUGGGACCCGAUUCCUGAGGCCUAUAUGUCAACCUGCCCGCCUUGCAUGCCCAAUAUGUUCAUCUACUUUGGCCCCAAUGGAGGACCGAUGACUGGCAGCACCAUUUUGAUGUUAGAGUGGGUUUGUGACUUUGCGAUUGCAGCGAUUCAAAAAUUACAAAGAGAAUACAUCAAGUCUCUGGUUGUGAAGCCCGAAGCUAACCAGGAUUUCAGCCGACACGUCGACAAAUUUUUUGCAAAGACAGUUUUUACACAGCCAUGUAAUUCGUGGUUUAAACGUGGUACAAAGGAUGGUCGGGUAGUUGCAAACUGGCCAGGCUCCGGGGUCCACUCAAGAAAAGCUCUCUUGAACCCGCGUUGGGAGGAUUUCGACUACGAGUUGAUGCCCGAGAUCGAGGGGAACCGGUUGGGUUGGCUUGGAAAUGGCAUGACGGUCGCGCAACGAGACGGCACUUGGGCAACCGACUAUCUCGAUCUGAAGCAAUACAUCAACAGACCUAAGCCAGUGCAUCCAGAAGUGUCUGUGGAAUCACCGCGGUCGCCUAAAUCGUAA